CGCUCCCAGGGCAGCGCUGCCGAAAUUGUCCGUGCAGCUGCCGAGAGUAAGAGGAACAUGGCAGCCAAGGAAGAAAGAGUGGAGAAGGAACCGGAAAAACCGGCUUGGCUGGUCGAGGCGGAGGCACGGAGGAAACUUCACGAACAGCGGAGACACAAUAAAACCAAACAACAAGGAGAGAACGACAGAGAACAGGAUAAACCGGUACAGAACGGCCCUGUUCUUCGUUCUUUGCCUCAUAAACCUGAACCAGUCAUUGAUAAAUCAGAUAGCAAUGCAGGGGUGAACAUACUUCACAAUGUUAUGCUUCGUCCUGUGCGAAAGCUGGAAGCAGUCGCGACUAAAUCAGAUGAAGACAACGAUGCUGAUAAAUCGUUAAACUUUUGUCUACGUCCUGUGUCUAAACCGGAUCCAGUAGACAGCCCAGUCGAGGAAAAGAGUGAUAGUAGUAGACAUCACAACGUGUUUUUACGUCCUAUACCCAAGCCGGAGCCAGUUGUCAAUGAUAACACUGAGGACUUGUCAGGGAAGUUUCAACCGGUACGUUUGAAACCCAUUGCUAAACCCUACGAUCCAAGACCGUCGGGUUCUUCGAUCUCCGAUAACGAAACAAUGCCGAUGGCAACACGAAUAUCUUCCGAAGUGAUGACUUCUAGCUCUCAACCGAUGAGACCGGUCACGCAAUCAUUUUCGGAAAACGGUGACGUGUUAGAUCAAAGCUCGCGGUCAGCGGGAGCAGCUAAAAAUUCUCGCGAGCAUCACUUCGUCCGUUCUCUUGUACCAAUAACUUCGGAGAAACCGACGAUUUCACGAUCGGAGCCGAGGGUUUCCGAAGGUUCUUCGUCGCGUCUGAAUGGCUCGCGAGUCACAGUUUCGUCGAAUUACGUGAGUGCGCCUCACAAAAUCACCCCGAAAACAAGACCCAAACCGACCAACAGGUCGAAAACAGUGACUGUUACGGCUUCUGAAGUGCCGGACCUGUCAAAAGCUAGGCGAACAAGUGUGGAGUUGAUACAUGCUAAAGUUGAGAGGAAAUUUCCCCAGCCUGUUUCGUCGACCGUACCGUCCAGUCACGUGACGUCGCCUAGGGACCAGAGGGAACCCCGGAGAGGCGGUGAUACGCGAGAAAGAGCGGAGACAUUUGACUCGUCUUACAGACCGAGUUACAGUGGAGAUGUCUUACCUCAGUGGAAGAUUGAUCUCAUUGAAAAGAAGAGGAAUGUUGGAUCUUCACGUAGAGAAAUAAUCAGAGAUCAGACGCAACAGACCCAUACUUCAAACGUGACUGCCGUUCCAGCCUGGAAGAGGGAACUGGCAGAGAAACGAAAACAGCGAGUUGCAGUGAAUGGCGUACAAACGUCCCGCAAAGAAAACGAACCCAAGACAUCUCCUGAGGUGCCUCGGUGGAAAAAAGAAUUCGCUGAGAGGAGAAAACGCAGAGAAAUGUCGCCAAGUCAAGUGCAACCUGAUAAACGCGAGCGGUCUCCGGAAACUCCCGAGUGGCAGCGGAGAUUAGCGAACACGCGACGAACUCAACCGAUCGUGGUACAGAGAGGGCCGGUGGAAGAUUCCACAGACCAGGUCCCGAGUUUUAUGAAGGAGUUUGAGAGGAAAAAGAGAACCUUGCCUCGCGGGGGAAGCUACGUAUGACCAAAAGAAAACAGCCGAAAUAUUGUUUAUUGUUUCAACCCUUUCGUUCUGCAAGGUUUUUGAGUUGAAUUUAAUAUAGAAGAGUUCAUAGAUGGAGCGUUGCUUCAUUUUGGUAUGCAAUUUCGAACGACACCUUAUUUCAGGAAGAUAAAUGAUCGGGGAGGUUUGGAAAUGAAUGAGCACCGUUUUUACAAAUAUAUUAAGAAUAAGUGGACAGUUGAUAAAUUGUAAGUUGAUGAUAUUUUGGUGCGUCAAAAAGUAAGAGGUUUGUUUUCAUUUGUUCUGAUUAAACCGAGUUAAUUAUAUCUGUUUUCACUUUAAGAGAAAAAGUAGAUCUAGGCAAAUUUACACGAUAUUUAAAUGUUCAGAUUUUAUUCCAAUCUUUGCUCAAAAGAACAAAUAUAUUUUUGUAGUACGAAAUUGUUUACAUGCUAUUUUUGUCAUAGCAUUGGUCGCAUUGGCCGGAAAUAUUUAAUUCUGUGGGAAAAGUAAUGAUGAACGUUUUGAAAAUAGGAUUAUAACUUUUUACCACAAUCGACUAUGAAGUUCUUUUAUACAAUAACGUCUGCAACUAUGACUUUCAACAUUUCAGGCCAAGGGAAAAAAAGAAAAAAAGCGAAAAACCUGACUUUGCGUUUUUUACAGGGAAAAUGCUGAAUUCAUCUUUAUAGAGCGUGUUUUAAUGAUUUUCGUUAGAAAAAAAUUCGCAUUUUAGAGUUAAGUGAGCGACGUGUUGUAACCAGUCAAAGCGAGGUGCGUAUUUGCUUUCAGCCAAUCAGGUUCGAGUUGUACAAGUGGUGAUUUGUUUUGCUUACUUUUCCCGCGCUUGCCAACCGUUGCAAGUGUUAUUCCUCGAGCUUUGAUUGGUUUAUAUAGUGACAGGCUUUGUGGUACUUUCAUUGGACGGUUUAAAAUAUUUCGACAUUUCUAAAGUAGACAUUUCUUUUGUCGUUUUGAGCUACGGUGUGGGGCCAAUCGGGAAAGGCUUCUGUUCCUUUUGCACUUUUUGUGCUUUUACAUUCGCAUUUACUGCCAUAAUUUUUUUAAAUGUAAUGUCAGUUGUGCU